AUGAGGUGCCGAUCCGCCCUCUCCCUCCUCCUCCAUGUGCUGAGGUCGGGGGGGGCAGGCCUUGACCGUCAGACCUCAAACCGCUUCCCACAGAGCCGACAGACCCGAUUCAGUCGGGAGGAAUUCUGUUGGCUGGUUUGGAUUCUUCGGCAGAGAAAUGAGACUAAAGACGAGUCGCUGAGACGAGAGACAUGGACAAACAGAAAGACCUUCCAGCAUGCACAGGAUUCUCAUGAUCCUCCUCGUGGAGCUCCACUGGCUCCUCAUGGCUUCCUGACCCACACCCAGAUCCUUGAUGCUGCCUGCAGACGCUCUGACCGGUCUGGUUCAGGCAGGUCCUGGACCCAGAUCCUGACCCUGCAGUUCUUCAUCCUGCCUGUAGAGGUCCCUGUCAGGGGUGGAGUCUCAACCCGAUGGUCACAACCCAUCCUCCUGCUUUUGGGGAGUCUUUAUCACAGAACUGUGUUGGCAAAGCUGAUCUGGGACCUGCAGUCCUUCCUGUGUGUUCUGGACUCUGAGAACCUGAGCUACAUCGCCCAGGCUCAGAAGAAAUCCAUUUCAGAUCUUCUCACCAGACUCCAGACUCCCGAUACUCAAGUGGAAGAUGCUGAGUACAUGGUUAUGAGCUGUCCAUCAUCGUCUCCUAGCAACGAGCUGACGGACACACCUGGGACAGAAGGUCUCUGGUCCUCUGAGCUGGUCUCAUGUCAGGACCCAUCAGUCUGGCCGAGGAACAGGGUGUUGGGCCCCAUGGUGCCCCCCCACCCUCCAGGAGGUGUCAGAGGUGAUGAUGAAGAGGAGGAUACCUACGAAGAGGCAGAACCUUAUCUAGCUGCUGAAACCACAAAACAUACACCCGUUGUUCCAGAGAGGGCGGAGUCUGACAGCAGCCACUAUGAGUCAUACAGUGAGAGGGAUGAUGAUGAAGAUGAGAAGGUGGGCCUUGUGAAGGACAGAGCUCACUAUAUCCAAUGGAGCGCCUCGCAGCCCUGCCUAAGGCCCGCCCCCGAGUCCCGUCUCUGUGGCUACCUGUGGAGGAGGAAGUGGCUCGGGCAGUGGAGCAAACAGCUGUUCAUCAUCCGGAACGACGUGCUGCUGUGUUAUAAAUUUGCUCAGGACCUGUUGCCUCAGAUGGAGGUGAACCUUCGAGGCUGUCAGCUCCAUUACAAGCUGAAGAGCAACGCUAGGAUCCAGCACCAACUCAAACUGGUCCCUCUGGGCUCCGAGUCGCUGGUUCUGGGCUACAGCAGCUUCCAGCAGGCCGACGAGUGGCGGCAGGCGAUGGAGGAGGCAAGCGCUGAUGGGGAGCUGGAGACUCGGAGCUUCUCAUCGCUGAGUAAAUCCGACCAUCAGAUGUCCUGCAGGGUGACUUUACUUUGUUGAAAGUUUUGUUGAAUGAACUGAAUUAAAAUA